AUGGAUGGAACCAACAAUGACCAGGCGAGCGGGAAGGAGGGAGAGACGUAUCUGUCCUAUGCAAGUGCGCAUCUGCUGGAAGAAGGCCAUUGUUCGGGGCUGAGGCAGACAGGCGAGAGGGAGAUGGCACACCGCAUUGUUCCCGUCGAGUGUCUGGGCGGGCUGGCUAGCCCAGAGCAGAUGAUGUCCUAG